UCAAUCCAGUUCUGGUUUGGCUCGUCUGUGCGAGUGAGGUCGUUGCUGACAUCGUCUGCCGUAUUUUCACAAUAAAAGUACGGGUGCUUCCGUCCUCGCACAACAGUGGUCAGGCAUGGCAGGAUCUAUAUCUCGCCUCACCUUGUGCGGUGCACCCUUUGCCAAGUUACCAGUCGGCCAUGCACCAAAGAUCUUGGCCGUCACUUCAGUUCCAACCCGAGUGCUGACGGCUUCUAUGACGAGUAAGCAGUACAGGGAACCUACGGAGAAACCUAAGCCAUUUCCGUACGAAACGAAGACAUUCAGAUGGUACCAUGGUAUAUUCGAGGACACACUUUCGAGGUUUGACGAAAACACCAAGGUCAUCGUCGUCGAUGGUAACAUCGGUGCUGGCAAGACGACGCUUGUGAAGACCAUAGCGGAAGAGUUCGACUUGAGGCCCUAUUUUGAACCGAGUUUUGACCUCAUCUACGUGGAUGACUACGGUUUUGACUACCGAAGUAUCGAUCACUUGGUGCCAGAGUCAUGUAGGACGUGCGACAUAAAAAAAUUCUACGAAGACCCGCAUAACCUGAAUGUUGCAAACAUGCAAAUUCUGAUGUACCGCAUGCGGGUCGAACAGUACCUACAAGCGUUGGCGCACGUCCUCAAUACGGGUCAGGGGGUUGUGCUUGAGAGAAGUGCCUUCAGUGACAUGGUCUUUGCCAACACAAUGAACAGAUUUGGGUACAUGAGCAAACCAGCCCUUGAUACUUACCACGUGCUGCGCAACAACACCACCCCCGAACUUUUGCGUCCCCAUCUGGUCAUCUAUUUGGACGUCCCCAGCGACAUCAGCUUGAAGAGGAUCAAGCAGAGGAACAUCCCGUACGAAGUGAACAGUGAGGUCCUGACGAAAGACUACCUCGAUGAAAUAGACCGCCAGUACAAGUUUAACUACUUGAAGUCAAUAAGGGACUCCUCAGAGCUACUCAUCUAUGACUGGAGCUCUUUUGGAGACACUGAAGUGGUGGUCGAGGACAUUGAAAGAAUCAACUUUGAGAAAAACCUGGACGACAAGCACAGCCCAAUGUUCCAUGACUGGAAGAAACCCCACGAGGAGGCCUGGACUGAGUACCGCUACUAUGUCACAACAUGCAAGGGCCAAAUUCUUGGUCUCUUCGUCUUACCGGCGUCGAAGGUGCCUGAGCUGGUCGUAAGCGGGGAGGAUCAGUUGGAGUACGAAUGGGCCGUAGAAAAAAUUCAAAACAGGCAAAUAUACCAGAAGGGCUACAACCCCCAACUGGGAGACAGCGUCUUGUUCAAGAUGGGAUACAACAAGUGGCACUUUAUGGAUACCAACACUGUGCAGCUUUCCAGGCUUUAGCACAUCAUCUGGGCCAGAACAGGGGGUGUAUGGUGUACUGUAGAGUGUUGUGGAUUGCUGAAAUAAAUAGAGCUCCUUCAGUUGCAAAGAACAGUUCCCCGGGGUAGGCAUUUAGGCACCCGCGUUUA